AUGAAGAUCGCGAUCGUGACCGUCGUCGCCGCCGCCGCCAAGCUGGACAGGGCGCGCAAGUACCUGACCAAGCAUAAUGAUGAGUAUCGCCAGUUCGUCGAGAAGAAGGCCGAGGAGGAGAAGGAGGAAGCCUUCCGUCGUCAGGGUGAGAUCUUGGCGAAGGCGAUGGAGGCAUCGUUCAACCAGUCGUUGCAGCAGCAGGUCGUGCAGCCGCUCCAGGCCGGUGGUCUCUUCCCGCCCGCGCCGCCAGGGUUCGUCAUGAUGCCCGCCGGUGGUGGACAGCCGGCCUCGAGCGGGGGGGCGGGAUCCGAGGGCCUUCCCUCGGAGCCUCCUUCGGCCGAGAAGCAGAACAAGAACGACCUCUCUCCUUUGCAGACGAAGCUGGUGGAAGUGGAGUUCAGUCACAAGUUUGAGUUGGCCAGCGGAUCCCUCUCGGACUUCCAGGACACUCUCAAGGAGGAAUGGAAGAAGAGGGAUAUCCCGAAGGCCGCGGAGAAGUUCCUCAAGAGCCACGGUGUCACGAAGUUGCCGAGGACCAAGGACGAGAAGAUCAUGCUCUUGUUCAUGACUUUCAAG